AAAGCCCGGAACCACAUGCUGGCGCGCGCCCGCUGCGGUUGUUGAUGUUAUUAUCUGUGACAUGUAGCUAUUAAACUGUAGUCGUUUCUACGUGUGUGUUUAUUUCUUAAGUCAUAGAAUUAGCGCAAAAUAUCAGAAAAUGGCAGCAACAGUGACGACGAGUCUUGUGACCGCAACGGAGCACGACCCUGACCGGUGUGAGAGUGAGGAGGAGACCCGCGGGGCCGAGGCGGAGGACAGCGGCCAGCAGCAGACGGGCCCAGUCACGGUGAGCCACAGCCGGCUGUCCAAACUCCCGCUGGCCCGCAUCAAGGCUCUGAUGAAGACCGACCCAGACGUGUCCCUCGCCAGCCAGGAGUCUGUGUUCAUCAUCGCUAAAGCCACGGAGUUGUUUGUUGAGAUGAUUGCCAAAGAUGCUCUAGUGUAUGCACAGCAAGGGAAGAGGAAAACUUUGCAAAGAAAAGACUUGGACAAUGCAAUAGAAGCCAUAGAUGAGUUUGCAUUUCUCGAAGGCACACUGGAUUAAAGACUGCUUCAGGAGACUGGUCAAAACUGUUUGCAACCAUCCAAGUUUUUAUUACAGGGUCAUAAUUCACUGUUGGAAACUUUCUGCUACUUUUCUAAGUCAAAAUCUGAAAUUCAACAUUUAUUAAUGCUUUUAUACGAUGGUUCCUCAAGAUUUUUCAUGCUUAACUUUGAAGACUUGUGAUGGAAAUGUGUACUUUUUUUUGUAUAUACUUGUGAAAUACUAUUAGCUGUACAAGAAAUAAAAGUAUGUCAAACAACA